CUCAUUUCUCUAUUUUAGCUCCAGAAAUUGAACAUGAAGAUGUGACGACAAUCAAUGAUCUACGUAACAAACUGAACAAGCAUGGCUUUGCUUUUAAAUUUCAUCCUGAGACUUUUCUGUUUCCUCCUUCAUAUUAACCCCUCUCUGACCUAUUCACUGAAAAACUGUUCAAUACUUUAUGAGGACAACCCGUCCGCUGGUGUUUCUGUGGACUGUGCGAACAGGGACCUUGUUUCCGUCCCUGACGACAUUCCCAAAGAGGCCGUUUCAAUUGAGCUCAGGGGCAACAGCAUUCAGAAAAUUAAAGAAGAUUUCCGGGGCAUGUCUAGGCUGAGAUAUCUGGGUCUGAGAAAAAGUGGCAUCACUUCUGUGGAUGAUGGAUGUUUCAAUGAUUUGGUUUCAUUGGAAACACUUGUGAUGAGAAACAACGACCUCUCCGCCCUGACUGCAAACAUGUUCCAGGGUCUGUCGAAUCUCACCACGCUUGAUUUAAGCUCUAGUGGUAUUUAUUUCAUCCAUACAUCUGCCUUUCGGUUCCUGACAAGCUUAAAAGUUUUGAACUUGGAUUAUAAUGCGCUAAAAACCACUGACGAAAUUCAGCCCAUCUUUCAGCUACCACAGAUACAGACGCUCAGCCUCAGAUGUAACGAGCUGUCGUCUUUUGAGAGCAAAAACUUCCUGCUGAACAAAUCCUCAAGUUUACAGCAGCUGUUUAUUUCUGGUGGCUCCCUGAGAAAGUUCAGCAUCACAACACCCACCUUCCCUCACCUUCAGGUGGUAGAACUGUCAACAUGUUCAACACCAACCAAACUAAAAUGGGACAUAUCUGACAAAACGUUACUAGAGAACAUAACGCAGUUUUAUGUUGAAGAGAACGCACUUUCCUUUAAAGGAGUGCAAAACGUCAUGCAGAAUCUCAUCUCAUUGAGACAUUUCAAAAUAAAUAUGGUGGUCAGGUGGAUAAAGAGAGGGCUGCUAUCUGCUGUCUGCAAAAUUCAAUCACUGAGGCGGCUGGAUUUGUUCUACAACAACAUGAACAACAUGACUUUGAAACUUGCUCCUUGCUCUCAGCUCACAGAGCUUUACCUGCAGGAAACCAAUUUAGAUGAACUGACGAAUGGCUCAAUACAAUCGAUGAAGAUGCUGCAGGUCCUAAAUAUGAGUGACAACCAGCUCACUAGAGUUUCACACGACAUUAGGAGCCUCGCCUUCCUUAAGGUCCUGCACUUGGAUAACAAUUAUAUCUCAAAGUUGAGCUGUGAGGAUUUUGAGAACACAACCCGUCUCGUGGAGCUUAAUCUGAACACAAACCAGAUUCCAAGUCUGGAGAGAUGCGUUUUAGAGCAUCUUACUGAGCUAAAGCAUUUAGAUCUGGGUUACAAUAAGCUGAGAGCAUUUGGAGACACAUUUAAAGUCGCCCUGCAUAAGCUCGAGUUCUUGGACAUGAGUGAAAACGAUAUAGAUGAAUUAUUUUCAAAUACUUUCGAGGGUUUACAGUCCCUAAGACAUUUAAAGAUGGCAAGUGACGAUUUAACAUUGAUGAAAAUUAAAACAUUUCCUGAAUUGAGGAACCUGGUGGACCUAAAUGUCUCAUUCCCAUUUGGGUAUAAACCUAAACUUCAAGGAUUGCAGCGCUUGGAAAAUCUUACAGUUUACUUUGGAAAAGGAUUUACUUUUAAAAAUCCUUAUCCAAACAAACAUGGUGGCUUAAGUGAUUUGAAGUUGUUAAAAUCUCUCACAGUGAUUGGCUGCACAGACCUCCCCUUUCGUCUGCAGAACCUAAAGGAAAUGCUUGAAGCUAUGGGACAUCUGGAAGCUUUCGAAGCUGUGGGUGUGUUUGAGGAAGCUCCAGAUGUAGAUACAUUCCAGUUCAACCCCCAUCUCAGCAGCCUGACAUUAACAAACACUGACAUGUCCGAUCUGAAACCUGAACUGUUUCGACCAAUCCCAAACCUGCAAAGACUCGAUCUCACCAACUCGAUGCUGAGAUCUAUGGGCUUUUUGCUGCAAGCCAACCUUUCUGCACUCAAAUAUCUGAAACUGACAGACAAUAAAAUUAUUAUGAUCAAGGAGUCUGUUUGGGAAGCUCUGCCGUCUCUAACGUACUUAGACCUGAGCUACAACCUGUUCACCUGUGAUUGCUCGAACGCAGGUUUCAUCCAGUGGGUGAAGACCAACAAGCAGACACAGGUAGUAGACGCUCCUCAAUAUAAAUGUUCCUUUCCUGUCAGCAAAGAAGGAACCUUGCUACUAGAUUUCCAUACACAGUCCUGCUUUAACGGCAGCUUUCUCUGCUUCAUUUCCACCACUUGUUUAGUCGUUCUGACUCUCCUCACAUCCUUGGUUUACCACUUCCUAAGGCAGCAUCUAGUCUAUGCAUUCCACCUCUUCCUGGCCUUUCUCUACGACAGCAAACGGAAGAAGAAGAACGAUGGUCAUCAGUUCGAUGCCUUUGUGUCCUAUAACGUCCACGAUGAGGGCUGGGUUUACAGAGAGAUGCUUCCAGUGUUGGAGGGAGAGCAGGGAUGGAGACUCUGCCUGCACCACACAUACUUCCAACCAGGUAACAUAUCAGUCCUGCACCACACAUACUUCCAACCAGGUAACAUAUCAGUCCUGCACCACAGAGACUUCCAACCAGGUAAACCCAUCAUAGAGAACAUCACUGACGCCAUUUACGGCAGCAGGAAGACCAUCUGUGUGAUCAGCCGCAGCUACCUGCAGAGCGAAUGGUGCUCCAACGAGUUUCAAAUGGCCAGCUUUCGUCUAUUCGACGAACAGAAAGAUGUUCUGAUUCUGCUGUUUCUGGAGGAGAUUCCUGCUCAUCACCUGUCUCCAUAUCACCGCAUGAGGAAGCUGGUGAAGAAACGCACCUACCUGAGCUGGCCCCAGGCUGCACAACAUCCGGGAGUUUUCUGGCAGAACGUCCAGAGAGCUCUGCAGGCAGGGGGCGCUCUCACUGAACUGGUACCGGAUGGGAUGGCCACUAGGGGACACUUGUUAUUAUUUUUCAUUUUGGAACCGUUUUGUCUUCUUCACAUUACUCCAUCGCUGGCUUACUCACUGAAAAACUGCACCAUACUUUAUCAGGAGACUCGCUCUGCUGAGGUUUCUCUGGACUGCGCAAACAGGAACCUCGAGACGAUCCCUGACGACUUUCCUAAAAAUGCUGCUUCGGUUCAACUUAACAACAACAGGCUGAAGAAAAUCACCAGAAAGGACUUUUCCAAAAUGUCACAGCUGAGAAGACUCCAUCUUGGAUUCAAUCAAAUUGACAUUGUCUACGAUCGUUCUUUCAGUGAUUUGGUUUUCCUUAAAACACUUUCCAUGGAACAUAACAACCUCAACCACCUGACCAGAGACGUGUUUUAUGGCCUGUCCAACCUCACACUCCUCAACCUCAGCAACAAUUUCAUUCAGUUCAUUGACUGCUCUGCUUUUCGCCACAUGUACUGUUUACAAACUCUAGAUUUAGGCAACAAUGACCUCCAACAAAUUGUUGAGAUCCAGCCCGUUUUACAGCUACCACAAAUACAGACCCUCAAACUAAGAUGCAACCGGUUUUCAUCAUUCGAGACCAAAGAGCUUUCUCUGAACUUCUCCAGUCUGAGAGAGAUUGACAUUUCUGGUCGAAACCUGGAAAGAUUCAGCAUCACAACUCCAAUCUUCCCUUUCCUCCAAAUGAUAAGUCUGUCUGGAUGUGAAGGAAAUUCAACCCUUAAAUGGGACAUAACAGACAAAACGUUACUGAAACGUGUGGUGAAGCUGUACAUUGCAGACGCUGUGUUGUCAUUUAUAGAAACGGAAAAAGUCCUGAAGAGUCUCUACUCAUUGAGCCAUCUCAGAUUACAACAUUUAGAUGAGUGGAUUAGGAAAGGAUUAUUGACCACUGUCUGCAAACUACCAGCUCUAAAAACACUGGAUUUGCCUAACUGUCUGACCAAUUUCACUCUUAAAUUUCAGCCUUGCUCUGAACUUACUCAGCUUUACCUGAGAGAAAGUUACAUUAGUAAACUACCAAAAGGCUCACUUCAAUCAUUAGAACAGCUGCAGUUCUUGAAUCUGACCACCAACCGGCUCACCAACGUACCGUUUGACAUAAGACACCUAUCUUCUCUGGAGAUCUUGCUUGUUGGCAACAAUCUAAUUUCAGAACUGAACUGUGAGGAUUUUCUGAACACAACCCGUCUGAUAGAGCUUUACCUGAAUAACAAUCGCAUUACCAAACUGAAGCGAUGCGUCUUGCAGGGUCUCACUGAUCUGAAGGUUUUAGGUUUGAGUAACAAUCUGAUUUUGACAGUUGGAGACACCUUUAAAAAGACUCUGUUCAAGCUGGAGGUCUUAGAUAUGAGCCAUAACUCUAUCAUAUCUCUAGAAUCAGGUGACUUUCAAGGUUUACAGAAACUAAAAUAUUUGAAUGUGACAAGAAACUCAAUUGGAAAAGUAAAUCCUGAAGUGUUUCAGGAGUUAAUCAACCUGGAAUCUCUUACAGUAUGUCUCCCAUAUGAUUAUGAACCUAAUUUCACGGGACUACAACUUUUAGAGCAUAUUACAUUGUAUUUGUACAAUGAUGGCAUUUUAAAAACCCAUCAUUCAAACAUUAAUGAAAGCUUUUUUACCUUAAAAUCUAUGAAAACGCUCACUAUGAUCUCCAAAGACUGUCACUACGGCUUUCCGCUCGACAUGCCAACUGAGCUCCUCCAGUCUAUGAAGCAUUUGGAAAGUUUCCGCGCCCUGAAUAUCUACAUAAACGCCCCACCUGCAGAAACAUUUCAUUUUAAUCCCCAGCUCAAAAGUCUGACACUUGCAGAAACAGAUUUGUCAAACUUGAAUCCUGGUAUGUUUCUACCAAUCCCAAACCUGCAGACUCUUGAUCUUGCAAAAUGCAAAAUCAAGUCUUUGGAUUUCUUGACGCAGGCCAAUCUUUCUGCUCUCAGAUAUCUGAAACUCUCCAACAACGAGAUCAGUCAGAUCAAAGAAUCAGUCUACCAGGCUCUCCCGUCUUUAACGUACUUGGACCUGAGCAACAACCCAUUCACCUGCGAGUGCUUAAAUGCAGAUUUUAUCACAUGGGUAAAGAGCAACAAGGAAACACAGGUUAUAAACGCUCAUCAGUACGUUUGUUCCUUCCCGGUACACAAACAGGGAACCUUGUUGCUAGACUUUGAUAUCCAGUCCUGUUGGGACCAAGGCAACUUUUUCUUCUUCGUUUCCAGCUCUAGUUUGGUUGUUCUCACUCUCCUCACAUCCUUCGUCUACCACUUCCUGAAGUGGCAUCUCAUCUACAUGUUCCACCUCUUUCUGGCAUUUCUCUAUGACAGCAGGAAAGGGAAGAAGGCAGACUCCUACCAGUUUGACGCCUUUGUGUCCUAUAACUCCCAAGAUGAGGAUUGGGUUUACCAUGAAAUGCUUCCUGUGCUGGAGGAAGAACAAGGAUGGAGACUCUGUCUGGAUCACAGAGACUUCCAACCAGGUAAACCCAUCAUAGAGAACAUCACCGAUGCCAUUUAUGGCAGCAGGAAAACCAUCUGUGUGAUCAGCCGCAGCUACCUGCAGAGCGAAUGGUGCUCCAGAGAGAUCCAGAUGGCCAGUUUCCGCCUGUUUGACGAGAAGAAAGACGUGCUGAUUCUGUUGUUUUUGGAGGACAUCCCUCCUCAGCAUCUGUCUCCUUACCACCGCAUGAGAAAGCUGCUGAAGAAAUGCACCUACUUAAGCUGGUCUAAGGCUGAAAAACAUCCAGGAGUUUUCUGGCAAAACGUCCGGAAAGCUCUGCAGACAAAGGACGAUCCCCCUAAAAACCCAGCUCUCCUAACUGGACCAACACAAUUAAGCAUGGCUGCAAGAGGAAGUGUGCAUUUUUAUUUCACACGCAAACUUCUCUGCCUCUUGCUUCAUCUCAAUCUUUCGCUGCAUUACUCUUUGAAAAACUGCACAAAGGAAAGUUCCUCUGCUGAAGUUUCUCUGGACUGUGCAAACAGGAAGCUUGUGAUCAUCCCUGAUGACAUCCUGAAAGACGCCGUUUCAGUAAAACUUGGACACAAUUUCAUUCAGAGAGUUAACCAAAGAGAUUUUUGUGGCAUGUCAAAGAUGAAAAUCCUGCAUCUUGAGUACAAUAAAAUCGUCCAGGUGGAUGAUGGUUCUUUCACCGAUCUGGUGUCACUGAAAACUCUCGACAUGAGGGAAAACAAACUCACCAACCUGACAAGCAACGUCUUCCAGGGCCUGUCCAACCUCACCAUGCUCGACCUCUCACACAACUUCAUCCGGUUCAUGCAUGACUCAGCGUUUCGGGUUCUGACCAGCUUAGAAACUGUGAAUUUCUAUUCGAAUAUGCUCCAGCAAAUUGUUGAUAUUCAGCCCAUCCUACGACUACCACAUAUUCACACCGUCGACCUUACCUACAAUCCAUUCUGCUCUUUUGAAACAAAAGAUCUCCAUCUGAAUUUUUCCUCAGGUCUUAAAGAGUUGUCUGUUCGUAGUGAACACCUCAUAAAAUUUGGCAUCACUACACCAAUUUUUCCUCAUCUCCAUAAAUUAGAUGUUUCUAUGUCUUCGCAAAGCAGUGCACGAUGGGAUUUACCAGACAAACCAUUACUAAAGAACGUGACACACUUGUGUCUUGAAAUACUUUCACUUUCCAAUGAGGAGAUUCAAAAAGUCCUGCAGACUUUCUACUCACUUUAUCACCUACGACUAUAUUUUACAUACAUCCGGUUUCGGGAUGGACUGUUGGCUAUUGCCUGCAAAACACCAACACUGAGAAAGCUGGAUUUGUCUGAAAUCGAUUUCAGUAUGUAUACUCUCAAACUUGCACAAUGCUCUCAGCUCACAGAUCUUGAUCUGUCCCUUUGUGUAAUAAGUGAACUUCCAGAAGGAUCAAUGGACUCAAUGAGGCAAAUGAGGUUUUUCAACGUGAGCUACAACAAGCUAAAAAAGAUCCCGCAUGACAUCAGGAGCCUCUCCUCCCUUGAGAUCUUGAUUAUGAAUGAUAACAUCAUUUCCCACUUGGGCUGUGAGGAUUUUGUUAACACAACGCAUCUUACAGAACUACACCUAAAUGGUAACAGAAUUGCCAAAGUGCAAAGAUGCGUCCUGGAAAGUCUUACUAACCUAAAGCUUUUAAAUUUGAGCGACAAUUUGCUCGUGACGUUCAGAGCCUCCACCAAAGUUGGCCUGCAGAAGCUUGAGAUCUUGGAUUUAAGUCAAAACUUUAUAAAAUUUCUCAAUAAUUAUGAUUUCCAAGGCUUACCUUCCCUGAAACAUUUGAAUGUGACAUCAUAUUUUAUGACCUAUCUAAAAUAUCAUACAUUUUUGGGACUAAAAAGCCUAAAAUCGUUUUCUGGAUCAUUUCCACUAUAUUUUGUAAAUUUGAGAACUUUGCCACAGUUGGAAAAUAUUCAAGUCAACUUCAAAUUCAAUGGCCCUUUCAAAACUCCUUAUUUAAAAACCUAUGAAGACUCCAUCAAGAUAAAAUCCUUAAAAAGUGUCUCGGUGGCCUGCAGGUAUGAUCACCCGGGUCUGAUCUACUACCUGGAAAGAGGAAUCCUUCAUAACAUGAAGCAUCUGGAAUAUUUUAAAGCUGAGAAUAUUUAUCUGAGUGCUCCAUAUUCAAACACUUUUCAGUCCAACCAGAAGCUGAGGAGUCUGACAUUUACGAAGACGGAUUUGUCAGAGUUACAACCUGAACUGUUUCUUCCAGUCCCAAACCUGGAGAGUCUCGAUCUCUCCGAGUCUCAGCUGAAGUCUUUGGAUUUCCUGGUACACGCUAAUCUGCCUGCACUCAGAUAUCUGAACCUGGCCGGCAACGAGUUGAAUGUGAUUAACAAGACAGUUUUCCAGUCUCUACCGUCUCUAACGUUCUUGGACCUGGACAAAAACCCGUUCACCUGCGAGUGCUCAAACGCAGAUUUUAUCCAGUGGGUAAAGAGCAACACGCAGACCCAGGUGGUAAACGCUCAUCAGUACGUUUGCUCCUUUCCUGUGUCCAGACGGGGGAGCUUGUUGCUGGACUUUAAUUUCCAGCCCUGUUUGGAUGAUGGCGGGUUUCUCUGCUUCAUUUCCAGCUCUUGUCUGGUUGUUCUGACUCUCCUCUCAUCCUUCGUUUACCACUUUCUGAGGUGGCAUCUCACCUACACCUUCCACCUCCUCCUGGCCUUUCUCUAUAACAGCAGGAAGGGGAGGAAACGAGACCCUCACCAGUUUGACGCCUUUGUGUCGUAUAACGUCCGCGAUGAGGGCUGGGUUUACAGAGAGAUGCUUCCUGUACUGGAGGGACAGCAGGGCUGGAGACUCUGCCUGCACCACAGGGACUUCCAACCAGGUAAACCCAUCAUAGAGAACAUCACCGAUGCCAUCUACGGCAGCAGGAAGACCAUCUGUGUGAUCAGCCGCAGCUACCUGCAGAGCGAAUGGUGCUCCAGAGAGAUCCAGAUGGCCAGCUUUCGCCUGUUUGAUGAGCAGAAGGAUGUUUUGGUCCUGCUGUUUUUAGAAAACAUUCCUGCUCAUCAUCUGUCUCCAUAUUACCGCAUGAGGAAGCUGGUGAAGAAGCGCACCUACCUGAGCUGGCCUCAGGCUGCACAACAUCCGGGCGUUUUCUGGCAGAACGUCCAGAGAGCUCUGCAGGCAGGGGGCGCUCUCGCUGAAAACACGGACCUGCUGCUGGGACCGGCAGGACGAUGAGAGACGUCACAGAUCUCUAAGAAAUAAAAGAUAAAUCAGGAAUAUAUGCAAAUCCUCAUCUGUGAAACCAUCGCACUUAUUUCUUUUUAUAAUAAUUUCAAUGCUUAAAAAAACUGAACAUUUCUCAAUGAACCUUUACUUCUUGUAAAAUACGAUUAAAAAUCACAUCAC